AUGCCAGAAGACGAUUCUUCUUCGGUAGCUCCUGCGCAGCUCUCGUAUCUUACCAUCUACAAUCCCCUUCUCGGACCGACCGACGAAACUAUCCAAGACCAGAUCGUCUUCUAUACCUCCAGAUUAGGUGAACCGCAGCGGCACAAGAACUCGGAGGCUGGGCCUAACGACAAUGGAUCGAACUAUGAGCACAAUGAAAAAUUGCGCCAGAUAGGACUAGUGCAGGGAAUGGUGAGCUUUGCCAGGAAUUUCUCGGAGGGUAAACCGGUGGAGUAUGUGGAAACAGAAAAGUCAAAUAUUCUCCUGCAUGAGUUGGAAAAUAACUGGUGGAUUUUGGCUUCCAUCGACCUGACUCGUCUUCCAACCACCGAUACUUCCACUGAUGCCCUCUAUCAACGGGUGGGCAGGUCGACAUUCUGCAAACUGCUCGACAGCUUUUGGUGGAAAUUUGCAUGGAACUGGGAAGUUCUCCUUGGUGGAAACCCGGCCGUCGACAUGUACAAUGGGAUCAAGCUUUCCGCUGGCGGCGAGCUUGGCGUCGGUGUUGGUGAAGAAGAAUGGGGAAGUGGAGAAAGAGAGGUCUUGGAGGAUUUUGUGGUCAGAACUGAUGGUCUUGUGGAUCUAGUUGUCUCGCGGUUUGGUGACCCUUGGAUGCCAAUUGAGGACCAGGCAACCUGCAACAAAUCAGAACUUGAGAAUCAGAACGAAACCAUUGCUGGAUGGCUGGGUUUAGACACCCACCCUAGACCAUCGGAUGGUGUUAUAUUCUCAGGGAUGGGAGCCAUUUCUAGGCCUUCGGUGGCACGAGUCUCUCAGUGGAUGGAAUGGAUAUACCGUUAUGGCCCUGAUGCCUACGGAGUCGGCGAAAAUCCAACCUCGCCACGACGUCGAAAGCAACGAAAAAGACAACAAGGCCGGUCAUCAAAGGACUCAAAUAAUGAAUCAAGCACCACUCCCGUCGCACAUACCGGCUACAGCUUCUCCCCGGGUAUACCCCGCCCGCUAGUGACGGGGCAACCACAAGAAACUGAAGCAGGCUAUCAAACAAGUAGCGGGAGCUCCCCAGCACCAAACGAGAUUGGGAAAGAUUGGAUGGGUCUCAAAACUGAGACGUUUGUGAAAUACCUUAAACUUGGCUAUGGCUCGUCCUGGGGCCCCUCUGCUGGAACAGCUAGCUCUCACCCUCGCGUUGAGGCCUUGAAACAAGAGGAUGAGUCGACAAGCGUGGACAGGCAAGCAACCUCUACGGCAGCUACACAAGAAACGUCUGAUGAAGGCUCCUCGAAGUCUGGAGACGCCCCCAGCUCCAAGAACCUAGGGAGAUUCAUGAUUGGGUUGCAUAAUGGUCUCGAUACCCGGUCUAUAGAGGACGCUGAUCUAGCGGACAAGCCACCAGGGGGAUUAAAUGAGAACAUCAUGCAGAGAGCAUUGCAUGUUCAUUUGACAGCUUCGAACGAGGAAGCUAAACUGCGAGUAGCGGUCUAUAUACAUCAACCGUUUAUAUAUACAUUUCUCUUUGAUUCGGAAACGCCGUCUCUAUCUGACCCUUCUCUCUACCGUAGCAUUCAUCACCAGUUGAGCCCUCUCCACAAACCACUCAUCAACUCGACGUCACCAGCGAACGCGGCAGCGCGAAUCUCGGUAUCCGAAGGAGCAUUCGAUAUCAACCAACGCUUCCUAACCAAAAACCAACCAGUAUACGACCUGGUCUAUGACCCAUCUAACCUCACCAUCCGUACUUCGAUCCCCAACAUCCCAGACCUCGGCACCCAUCCUCCGGGUCACCCAGACUCCAACAUAACGCCCUGGUUGCGCGUUGAGAGCUUGAACAUCCACCACCGACUCCUCAGCACGUAUGUCGAGACGCGAUCCCGGCCGCUAGAACUGGAAAGAACAUGCAAAACCAGCCGUGGCUGGUGGAUUGUGUGGGUACGGUUUUCCGAGUCCGACAGCGGAAACAUACGAAAAGGACCGCCCAUCGUCGUGUCCGAUGAUGUUCGUCAGGAAGCGUUUCUGAUCCGAAAAGCAAGUGACCACGUCUCCUCGGUUGCACACGCGCGCAACAGCAGCGGAUCACGAUUCUUCAGAGACCUUAGCGGAGCGUCUUCACCGGGCCUGGCAUCGUCACGCACCGAUACAGGACCCGGGAAACUCGUAGAGGGAUUGGGGCUGGAUGCUAGACGAUACAUUGAGAAUUUACUGAGUUUGAAUAGAUGA